UACCAAAACGAGAUAGCAGUGUCUAGGUUUUCACGUCGUGAGAUUUUUUGCGGUGAGACGAUUUUUUUCGAAAAGUUCUAUAUCAGAAAAAGAAAAGACAACUCCUGUCGUCAUCAAGCAGCGCCGACGAAGUGAAGGGCCCACAGCGACAAAACAAUCUCGGCUGAGUGCGAACACUGAACAGUAAAUAGCAUUGGAUUCACAACAGUGCGAACAGAUGUGACAUUUUUCAUCCAAUUUGGCUUGCUGUUCUCGUCCAUGUGACCAACACUGAUGUUUGUACAGCAUGACAGUCCUGAAGCAGUUGCCAGAAGAAUAUCUGUCUACAACAGCAUUCAAAAGUUUAGUAACCAGUGCCGUCUGACCGCACUAGAUUACCUUGGUGCUGAAAUCACUUGCUGAACAUUUUUCAAAUUUGGAUAUGCAAUGCCAGUGAACCUUUACAAUAGUAUUUUAUGUUGUAUCAAAAACUUGAAGUGAAAAGAGUUUCAGUGCAGAGUUUCCAUUGAGCAUGCAUUUGCUUGUCUAUGUGCUUGUGGGAAUUAUUUUCAAGAGUCAUGGGUACUACUCGGAAGUUACACACUACAAAGACUGGAUGGGGAAGCUGAAAACAAUUCGUAACGGAAUUCAUAAAAUUGACAUGUAUUUAAAUGCAGCACUGGAUUUAUUAGGUGGAGAGGAUGGGAUCUGCAAGUACAAAUGCAGUGAUGGAUCUAAGCCAACUCCUCGCUCCAAUUAUAAGCCUCCUCCGCCCAAUGGAUGUGGCUCUCCUAUGUUUGGAGUUCAUUGACAAUUUUACAGUUGAC